AUGAGACGCGUGGAUUUCAGUCCGUACGUGGCCGAGCUGCGUGCGAGCGCGCCACAUCCGCCCAAAAUCGCACACGUGACCUCCGGGGUCUCGUUCCACAAGCUCCACGCCGCGCUCAACCAGUUUGCCAAAACGUACCAUUAUGUGUUUGAUGCUUCCAAGCCGCGGCGCAAGGACGACAUGGAGUGUGUGGUGAUGAAGUGCUGUCGCAGAAGGUGCAGGUACAGGCUUUCGGUGUUUUCCGAGGCUUCCAACGCUGUCGACGGCGCUCUAUCGUGGCUGGAGUAUGAUUCGGAUGACAUGGUGGAACAUAAUCACGAGCUGGACGGCUCCGAUUUGACCGACGAGGAUCGCAAACGGAUGAAGAGAGUGGAAUUUAAACGAAAGAGGAAUGCCAAGCGGGUGCAGCAAGUAGAAGACAGUGAUACCCGAACUAAAGAGAGCCAUAGUGGUGAUCUGAGACAUGGCUGUGACGAUGAACUCAACGGGUUCAACGACCUCAACGGUUUUGUCGAUCCCAAAGGAUCUAACAGUUACGACUGCGACAAUGGCGACGACAUUAUGGAAGAGGAAUUUCACUCCGACGAAGAACCUCUGUUUCUCUGCAGUGAGGCAGAGGAUUCCGAGACUUCUCCUGCUCCUGAGGUGGCUGAACAACCGCAACAGUCUCCAGUUCAACGUCUGGACAAAUAUCAUUCUCUGUUUUUGCAUAGUGAGGAAGAUGACGAUGAGGUUCAGGAGAUCGUCGCGACCAACAAGACCAACAAAACCAAGUCUAAGCCAAAGAAGAAGAAAAAGAUUGAAAUUAUUUCACUUGAUUCUGAUUCCGAGGAGGCGGAAGAAGAGCGAGCUCAGAGUUCUGCGAAGACCAUUUCCCCACAACCCAAGUCGGAAUCCUCGCCAGCAACUGCUUCCGGCGCCCAGAAAAAACGCGCCAAGUCGCAAACAAAGCCGUUUUCGUCUUCAACAACCUCUUCAGAACUGUCAAAGACUUAUUCUCAUGAAGUUCUUGAUACUCUCAAGGCGCAGAAACGCAAUCACCGUGUGUCUAAGCAUCAGAAGGAGCGCGCAAGAGUAGACGAAAUCACGGCCAAAGUGCGAGAGAACGAAAAGUUGGCCUUGGAGAAUAAAAAGACGGAGCUCGAACAACAGGUCGAAGCCACCUUGAGCAAGCGUGAGAUGGUGCUGAAAACUUAUUUGAGGUUGGAAAAGGGACUCAGAGGCGCGCAAUUGGCGGAUUCGUUGUCUAGGAUGAUGAGGGUUAUAAAAACGCAGGUUCAGGAUGAGCUUAGGGGUGUGCAUGAGGAGGAAAAUGAGCCUGUGAUGUUAGCUGAGUCAUCCUUCAUUGUGGACGACAAGGACGACAAAGACGAAGACGGGGAGUACCUCGAGGAAGAGUUGGUGAAGAAGGACGGACGCAGGAAGACUUCUGGAACAAAAAACAAGGCUCUGGAAAAGGCUCAACGGAAGAAGGAACGCAAACACGAACGGCAGGCAGCCCUGAUGAAACUUCUAGAUCGGCGAGUGAUGAAAGAAUGGCGGGCUUGUCCGUUUUGCAAACGGCGUUUUUACCCCAGAGAGAUAGGCAAGAAGACUAAUUCGGCCGAAGCGGAGCUCAUGACCCACAUUCAGCUAGUUCAUCCCGAUGAGGUUGUUUACCUGGAUGAUCUGGAGGAGGAGGAGGAGGAGGGGGAGGACGCAGUUCAGUCCGACCACGGUUAUGGCGACUCUUUGAAUUCUUCUUCCGACUCGGAGGAGGAGAUCGUGGCCGUGCCGAGGUCGAGACUGAGACCGAGACCCAAGGUUGUGGUAGACGAGGACAGUGGAAAUGAAGAAGAGCCUGCUGUUGACCCCGAAGUCGAGCCAGGCACCACAGUUGAGUCUCCUGAUGGGCCAGAGUUAGCGGAGGAAGACGCGGAGGAAGAAGCGGAGGAAGAAGUGGAGGAAGAAGCGGAGGAAGAAGCGGAGGAAGAAGCGGAGGAAGAAGCGGAGGAAGAAGCGGAGGAAAAAGCGGGGGAAGUGGAUGGCCCGGAAGUGGGCGAGCUAGAACCUGUCGAUGAUGUGGAGGUUGAAGUUGAAGCGGAGUCAGUGGCUGCUGAUGAGAUAACCUCAGAAUCACCUCAACCAGUGGCUAGAUCUCCCAAAGGAAAGUCUCCCGAGCCAGCUUCUCCUGUGGGUGAGCCUAUUGAAGAACCCACGAUCAAGACCACCCCUGCUGCUGAAUCAGUUGAUAUUGUCAGAACAUUGGCUGCAACUGAGAAGGCAGCUCCUGUUACUGCAGCUUCUCCGGUCAAUACUGGGUCUCCAGUAACCGCUGCAUCUCCAGCCAAGGCUACUGCUCAUACCGCAACUCCUCAAGUCAAAACAUCACAGACAGAACCUACAGCUACCCCAGCUGCUACGGUCGUUCCAGCUGUGACGUCGCCGGUUGAAGCUUCUUCUUUGGCUACCCAGCUUGCUGCUUCCGCCGACUCCGCACCAACGCAACCACCCUCCAGCGCGAACCCCUUCUCAACGCCAACUAAGAGCCCUGCCAAAGCUAUGGUUGUCAUCAAUCUCGACGAUGGUGAUAACGAAGAUGACGUAGUUGUUGUGGCAUCUACUAGAAGUGCGUCUUCUGCUAUAGCCGCCCCUGGACCAUCUCAUUCCAAUACAGCUCCUGACGGCUCGGAUCUCGCGGCGCAACAAACGGCCAAACGGAGACAUAGCUCUUCCCUGCUACCUAAUGUUCCGUUUCGCUACUCGCGGGACCCCGAUCCACCUUACAAACGACAGAAGCAGGUUGCAGAGUUGCCCACUGGCGGUUUGACUAUCCAAGCUCCUGCCUAUGCACAUCGUGACGUCACUGCCAACUCCACUAGGCCUACAACAUUUUCCAGCGACGUUACUCCCUUUGCAUCAAGUGCAGAUCCCAAUUCCACUGGACAGGGAUCUGUCAAUCCCCCACACUUACCAAGCCUAGGCACUAGUCCCGCUGGUCAUGGCCCGACGGGACAAAACUUCACAAUGGCCAGUAGUGAAAGUGUCAUUUCGACGUCUGCUGCUGCUCCCAACACUCAAGGGACCCACAGGAACGAACCGGCAGUCUCUAGCUCAUUUGCUUUUGGUGUCUCAGCUCUUCCUGUGUCGGGUCAUACAAGUGCUCCUGACCAGCCUAAAGGAAUAUACCAAGCUGGUGCCUCGGAUUCUCUGUUUAAAUCCUUGUUAGAACACGAAGACACAUCCAUCGAGUCCGAAAGCUCUGUUUCUGAAGGUCCUGCUCCUGCUCCGGGUCCUGCUCCUGAACCUGCGUACUGCUCCAACGCGUUGACCCUCAGUCUUGCAGGGUACUUUCGCAACAACCGCCAGUGGUACAGCUCGAUUUUCACAGAACAGAAUUCCCAGCACAAGCUCAGAGCAUCUUUGAUCUGCUAUGCUCACGUAAUUGGCGUCAAACUGGCCAAGUUGUACCCGGAAGUCCUCAUGGUGGACAUGCAAAAGUCAAUGGUUGAGAUUGGAGGAGUCGAUGCUACAGGACAGCAUUUCCCCAUCGCGUUUGGACACAUUUUGGGCCACACGAAGGGCGUUCAUUACACUAUUCGGUGGCUCAAGGAAGUGGUCUAUUCUGCCAACGGCAUUAUUGAUCCCGGUGUGAUUGUUUCCACCUGUGAACUGCCUCAGGAGGCCUACGAUGUGUUUCCCAAGGUCAAGGUGAUGAGAAACAGAUGUCAGCUGGACUCUCUGGUCUUGACACGAACCCAGAGACAGGAUUCUCGACUCUCAGACAUGUGGAUGUAUAUCAUGGGUCUGCGGUCCAAGAGCCUGGUGAAGAACGUCAAUGGUCUGUUGUCUCGAGUUGAUUUGGUUCCUUUCACAGACUUUGAUCGGUGGUUUGCCAAGAACAAGAAAACCCUGUGCCCGGCUUUCUUCGACCGCUAUCCGCAUUUCUCUGAGGUCAAAGUCAUACCUGGAGCGCUUCAGGGCACCGCUACACGUGCCGACGACCCAGUGUUUACGUUCGAAGCUCUCUCAAGGAACAUUAUUCCUCGAUACAAGUUCAUCGUCGACAAUCAGAACUGGGAAAGAAAGGUGUUUGCUUCUGAGAGACCUGAAGAUGCCUUAUUGAAUGGCCGCAUCUCCCACAAAGCCAUGGAUCUCAUCAAUUUCCAGAGAACGGCGGCUGUGGAGAAAUGUGGAGGACAAGACACCAUUCAUAGAUGGGACCGGUGUGUCUCGCGGGUUCUCGGCAUCCCCUGUAGACACAGUUUGGAUUAUGUCAACAGACGGGCCAUGGGGUUGACCGUCACCGAGAUCCAUCCUCAUUGGCACCUCAUGAACCCCGAAUUGCUCUACAGGGAGGACUUUGCUCCCACACUCAACACCAUUGUCUAUCCAGAGACAGCUGUACAAAGUAACCAAGUGAGCGAGGAGGCCAUUAGGAGCAUGUUUGGCCAGAGUGGAUUUGGCCCAGGCAGAUUUGGAGGUGUGUAG